CCUGUGGUUCAACAAUAGGGCUUUCCUGUUUAGCAUAUUAGCACGUGCGUUCUUUCUUUUCACCAGCGUCCAUUUUCUGUCCGCAUUGUACACGAUACACUGUUCAAAAACAUGGCUGACGGAGGUAAUCGAGGUCGAAAGCUCUAUAUCGGCAACCUUAACUUCAACUCUGAUGAGGCUGAAAUUGAGCAAGCAUUUGAAGAGUUUGGUGUCGAAAAAGUCGACAUUUUGCGAGAUAAAGAAUCGGGUAGAUCUCGUGGCUUUGGAUUUGUUCUUCUCCAAUCAGCCGACCAAAUUGCGCCAGCUAUCGAGAACAUGAACCAGAGCAGCGUCGGUGGAAGAAAUAUCACUGUUGCCCUUGCUCUGGACAAGACAGAAAACAGAGGAGGAGGAGGAAGAAGAGAAAGAGGAGGCAGGGGUGGCGGUGGAGGAUACGGAGGCGGUGGAAGGUCUUAUGGCGGCGGUGGUGGCGGAGGAGGAUUCUAUCAAGACAGCUAUGGAGGUGGCGGUGGAGGUGGAUGGUAACAACAUAGUUGCCAUGUUCACUGAGACAUUGUUUGACCUUCUACUGAAGUUCAUGGCCACAGAAUAUGUAUUUGGAAUAAUUUUUCAAUACUUCAAGAACAUUCAAUAGCAGACACCAAACAAUUUACUUGCAUAUUGGAACAUCCAAGAUAUAAUACUUCCCCAAACGUUUUAGUUUUCUGUCUGACUACAAGUUUUGACCCAACACUAUAGCCUCCCUUCAUGGGAAUUUGAAUAUCGAUUGACUAGUUCAACAUAUUAGUUGAUGUUGAACUACUGAAAAUUAGUUAAUUUUGAACUACUUAAACAGACAUUGCUUGGAAUUUCAAUAUAAAAUCUUCUUCUUGCAACACCACAAGUUGGUAAUUAUACAUGAUUGGUAACCAAAAAUGGUAUCUUAAUGAGUUAACAAUUAAAGAAAAGUGCUACAUACAUACUGAAUACUAAGGAAAAGAAAUAAAGACAUUUCUCUUCCUUAGUUUUCAAGACAAGGAUUCAGUCAAAGGUUGAGAGAAUGUGGAGCUAGACUUCAGCCUGAAUAUAGUAUUGUGUAUCCCAUUUCUAGAUCGCCAGUUUAUUGUGAUUUACAAAUCGGAUACCAUAAAAUGUCUGGAUAGGAAAUAGGUCUAAUGUGCUCUUUUGAUAUUAAUACUAUUAUAUGAUUUAUAUUAUUAUUAAUAUUAUCCAAGCAUAUAAUAUUCUUAAUGAAAGACAAAUUUUUGUUUUUAUACUUGUUCAGAGUUUGUCAACAUUAAAUUUUCUCUUUUAAAAUUCAUUAUGAUUCUAGGAGAUAUUGUGAACAUUCUGUCUGUUUUAGGGGGGCUUCAAGACUUUUUAUCAAUUAUUAUUCUUUAACUUCAAAGUCUGUGUGAAUAAAGAUUAGACUUAAACAUCA